AUGGUUUUCACCCGGUCUUCGUGUGUGAAUAACAACACCCUGUUCCUUCCUCUCCAUCCUCAUCCUCUAUCAUCGCUGCUUCAGACCUCGUUUUCUUCCUGUAGGCAGGCAUUAUGUACUGAUCCUGACAUUGAACUGAAGAGCUUCAGAACUUACCAAGAUACACAAAAUCCUGGGAUCUUCAUCAUCUUCUUCAUUAACCCAAAACUCAUAAUGGUUGUUCUCUCUGAACUCCUCUCAGAAGGAUCUUCAUUUUCUUCAUCAAUUCAUGGUCAUAGUUCACCAACUUGUGGUCAUAGUUCAUCAACUGAUGGUUACAUAUAUGAUGUAUUUUUAAGUUUUAGAGGUGUUGACACUCAUCAUAGUUUCACUGAUCACCUUCACAAGGCCCUCAUUGAUGCCAACAUAACUACCUUCUUGGAUGAUGAAGAGAUUGAAACAGGCGAAGAUCUGAAACCGGAACUGGAGAGUGCAAUUAAGGCAUCUCGGGCUUCUAUUAUCAUCUUGUCUAAGAAUUACGCUUCUUCAACAUGGUGUCUGGAUGAAUUGGUGUUGAUCCUUGAGGAGCGUAUGACAUCCAACCAUAUCGUUAUCCCAAUAUUUUAUCAUGUGGAGCCCACACAUGUCAGGAAGCAACAAAGUAGCUUUGGAGAUGCAAUGGCUAAGCAUAAACAGACAAUGGAGGUAGAGACAGAUGCGAAUAAAAGAAGUCAAUGGGCUCAAAAGAUGGACCGAUGGAAUAAAGCACUUAUUGAAGUUGGCAAUUUAAAAGGAUGCGACGUAAAAGGAAGGUAA